AAUUCCCCUUAUCAAGGGACAUAGCUGCUGAAGCUUGAAAGUUGGAGACUUCAAACUAGGGUUUCAGCAAGAUGAUCAUUCCAGUGCGCUGUUUCACCUGCGGGAAGGUUAUUGGCAACAAAUGGGAUGAAUAUCUUGAUCUUCUUCAAGCUGAUUAUGCCGAAGGGGAUGCACUUGAUGCACUGAAUUUGGUUCGAUACUGCUGUCGUAGAAUGCUGAUGACUCAUGUUGACCUCAUUGAGAAGCUUCUCAACUACAACACACUGGAGAAAUCUGAGGGCAGUUGAAGCAAUUUCCUGAACUAAUGAGCUUACAAUGUUUAUAUCUAGAACAUUUACUUUUAGCUGUAAUUCUCUUUCUAGUUGCAAGGAGGUGAAGUAAAUUGUUCUCAUAUGAAGGGAGUCUCUUGAAUCGUGUAACCAGUAAACAGUGUGAUACUGCAAGCUACUCUUGAUGUUUUGUUGGUUCUGAAUCUCCUGGUUGCCUAUUUAACAAUAUAUUUGUUGGUGUAGUGGCGCUCGAAAGUUAAAAGUUGAACCUUCUACAAACUCUGUUUUUA